AUGUGGCUAAUCAACACCACAACGCUCAAACUCGCCGAGUUCCAGGGCGGGCCCCCCUCGCUGCCGUACGCCAUCCUCUCGCACACCUGGUCCGACGGCGAGGUCUCCUUCCACGACAUGGCCGACUUCGUCCACGCCUCCAAGAAACCCGGCUUCACCAAGAUCUGGAAGACCUGCGAGAUCGCCCGCGCCGCCGGCAUCGAGUGGGCGUGGGUCGACACCUGCUGCAUCGACAAGAGCAGCAGCGCCGAGCUGACCGAGAGCAUCAACUCCAUGUUCCGCUGGUACAACGACGCGCACAUCUGCUAUGCGUACCUCUCCGACUACCCCCCACCAACGUCGCAACCUCGCAGCAGCUUCUUCCGGUCCGUAGAACAGCUGUCCGCCGGGGAGCUCGGGCAGUGCCGCUGGUUCUCGCGCGGCUGGACACUGCAAGAAGUCGUCGCGUCACGGGACAUUACCUUCUUUGACAAGAACUGGAACGACAUCGGCUCCAAGGCGCACCUGCAGUCCCUCCUCGCGAGCAUCACCGGCAUUAACCAGGAGGUCCUCGAGGACCCGGCCGCGGUGUACGAAGUGCCCGUCGUGCGGCGCAUGUCCUGGGCCGCCCGCCGCCGGACGAAGCGCGAGGAAGACCGGGCCUACAGCCUCUUCGGCAUCUUCGACGUCAACCUGCCCCUGAUCUACGGUGAGGGCCGCAAAGCGUUUCUGCGCCUGCAAGAAGCCAUCCUCCAGAACAGCACCGACCUCUCCCUAUUAGCCUGGGACUCGGCCGACGACGACACCCAGGCCUUCCGGGGUCUCCUCGCGCAGUCUCCCGACGAUUUCGCAGACGGCUCGUGCCUCGUCCUGAUCCAGGACGCAGCCAUCCAGCAAACAGAGAUCCGCAUCACUAACAAGGGCAUCCACUUCAAACCAGACGUGAUGCUAUCUCCCGGCAACAUCUCGAACGCCUCCACAUCCAGCCUGUCCUCCUCCCUCGUCCCGGAAGCCCUCCUCUCCCAAGACCACCGCGCCUUCGUCAUGAAGCUGAACCACUACUACCUAGCCCCCUCCCGCCCGCCGCCCGACAUCAACCACCACCUCUACGUCUGCAUCGAGCUCUUCCGCACGCCCGACGCCUUCGUCCGCCGCCGCCGCUGGGUCCUCGAGUGGUCGCGCGGCACAAACCCCAAGAUCGCAGACAAGCGCGAGGUCCACAUCCCGCGGCACCUCUCCCCGUCGCAGUCGCGCGCCGUCAUCCGCGAGGCCGACCACACCUUCUCCAUCUCAUGUAAAUCUCCCACGGGCUACCGCGUGAGCGUGACCACAGGAUUCCCCGCGCACCUCUGGUUCGUCGAGACGUCCACCUUCUGCACGAAAGCCCAGCCGGGCUUCGUGGGCAUGAUCAGCAUCAAGCAGAAAGCAGACGGCGACUGGAUCCACUCCCGGAAAUGGCACUACCCCGACUUCCGCGUCUUCUUCGGCCUCGGCCGUCCCGGCUCAACCCCGGAAACAUCCUUCUCCUCCUCAUCAACACUCUCGCUGCCUCCCCAGCCAGAAGCCUGGGUCUACGUCCCCACGCGCGCCGACCUCCUCCUCGGCCGGUCGACGCUCUGGGGCGGCUACAGCCAGAGCGAGCUCGACAACCCCGAAGGCCUGCGGCACCUGAUCCGGCGCUCGUUGGGACCCGAGCAGCUACGCCUACUCGCCGAUGCGUCGGGCUGGUUCGUGCUUCGCGCUGAGUACGAGGAGGCGACGGGGAUCGUCACGCGGGAGGACGCGGAGGUGCUGGCGGCCAAGUCGUUGGAGGUGCAGGCGGCGGUGACGUCGCAUAGGUUUCCGAGCUGGAUGACGGAGCAUAGGCUGGAGAUACAGGCGCGGCCGGUGAGGGAUCGGUUUGAUGAGGUGUCGGUGUUUUCGGGGCCGCAGGAUAUGUGUGCGGAGUAUCUUUGUUUGAUAUAG